UUCACUUUAUAAAUCACAUCAAUAUCACUUGUCCGCUGCAAGGUCCGCUGGUCUUCUGAAUUGGAAUCCAGGCUAAAUUUUCCUUUUGCUCCUCGCAUCACAAAUAGCUCAGGCUCUUGUUCGUACUUAUCGAUCAUUGAAGUACUUUAUAGCAGAAAUAGGGUCAUAUAUAGGUUUCUACUGUGCGCGUGCUAAAUUAAAAAAUAAAAUAAUACCCUGAUAGCUUGCCGGUUGCCGACACCACACUCGUCUUUUUGAUAUGUCAAACGAUCAAAAAGCGCUAAAAAAUGGACCAAGGGGAAAGAUAUUCCUCCAUAGUGGAACAUACAAAGGGGACUGGCUCAAUGAUCUAAAACAUGGGACAUGGCGUGCAAUUCUACGCAGACGGCGAGAGCUACGAGGGUGACUGGCACAACAACAAGCGGCGCGGCUGGGGCAGGAUGUUCUACAAGGACGCAGUCUCUACGAGGGAGAGUGGCACGACGACAUUCGGGAGGGCAGAGGACUCCUGAGAAAGGCUGACGGUAACUGUACGAGGGCACGUGGCACCGGGACACCAAGCACGGCCCCGGCCUCUACCAGCACAAACGGACGGGCAGAUGCAGGAGGGCAUCUGGGUGGACGGCAUGGUCAAGUGCAGCGCAGUGGAGGACAAGAACCGGCUGUUUGCCUCCGAGCCCACGCCGUACCCCAUACCGCUGCUGGAGCUGCUGCAGCCGGUGGCCGUGCUGCGCGAGGCGGCCGCCGAGUUCGUGACGCUCAUCCCCGAGCAGUACCGCCAGGCCGGCCGAGACGGCCUCCUCCGCCUCCUCCACGUACUCGUCACCUCCAGCGUGGCCUCCGAGCCCGGCACGGAGCCUCCUCCAGUGACGCGGCCUCCUCCGACACAUCGCCUCCAGCGCUGCCAGCACAGACACUCGUUAGAACGCUGCGCCCGCGAUCUCCGAGCAAUAGCGAAUAGCUGGGCCUGGAUCAUCAUGAAAUUCAUUGUUAACAUAAUAAACAUAAUCAUGCGAUAAAUCUGAUGUAGCAACUCACCAAGUGUUCAAAUCGUCAUCUUGUAGCAACUGAUGAAAUGAUUCUGAGUUGAAUGAUACAUAUUUCGUUGACAACAUAGACGAUAUAUUGCCGAAUAAAGGAGCAGUGGACACAGCUUGUAAUUGCAGAGGCCAAGCAUGAACACCACAAAGGUCUAACAGGCUUGAACACAGUCGCAUUGGCAAAAUAGGUACCUCGUAAAGCUUUCGUUCAAAGAAAAAAAAAUGGUACGAUGUAACACAAUGUGAUACAUUGUGACUAUUUUGAUAAAUACCUUAGUGUAUAUGGAAGACACGCAUACAAACAAAAACGGGUGCUACACGAAAUAGCAUCAGAUCCCCAUCAGUCCUUUUGUAACACUCCAUGAUUUGCCUCGAGCACGGCACUAGGCCUAUCACAAA